GAUAGUUACUAUUCUGAAAUAAUCAGCACAACGUAACAUGUCAACUGCUCGUAAAUUGAGCUUCAGUAGAAUCAAAACAGCACUCGUGGUGUGUGUAUAAGACAUCUAAAGCCUUAAAUUGCCCUAAACCUCUGCCAAACAUUAAACCAUUUAAUUUAAAGCUAGUCAUUGAACUGGAACUAUUAUUACACACAGUGAGACCUCACAUUAUCUUGCCGUAGGAGUUGUUGUUUAUGAAAGAAUCUAACUAAUUUGGGGAUUAAACUCACUCACAAACAAAUAACAGCAACUCUGUAAUUUAAGAGAUAAUCAUGGGUAUUAUCUCAGGACAGCGAUUGGGAACACAUAUAAAGCUAGGUGUUAGUGCAGGUAAAAUGGCAACAGUGAGGACACAUCUGACUGGCAAAGAUGGAGCGGAUUAUCCUCAUAUGCAUGGUAUCCACCUGCCUCUCCGUCGUACAUGCUCAGAAGUUUUUUUUCAACCCAAAAUGGGGCCCCAGAGGCUAUAAAGAGCAUGAAGAGCAUGGAGAUGGGACGGCAAUGGAUGAAAUUAUUAAAGCUAAUGAGUUCCAAGCCUCACGAAUCAUAGACGGCACUACCAGUCUCAGAGAGGGAGACAUCGCCGUGUCUUCUGGAAGGCGCUCCAAAGUCUGCUUUGCACGCACCUGCCUCUGGUCUAAGUCUGUGGAUGGACAUGUCUACAUUGCAUACAGAAUGUCACCUGAAUACUCUGAGAUGGAGACAAAGAUGAUAAAGAAAGGAAUGGAGAACAUAGAGAAAGAUACCUGUGUGCGGUUUGUUCCCCGGACUCACCAGCGAGACUACAUCGACAUCCAGCAAAAGUCCGGGUGUUGGUCCUACCUUGGUUCACGUGGUGGAAGACAGACUGUGUCUCUCCAGAGCCCCAGCUGCUUCAGAAUUGGAGUGAUUUCCCACGAGUUCAUGCAUGCCCUGGGCUUUGUGCAUGAGCAGUCGCGCUUCGACCGGGACAACUAUGUCACCAUCAUGUGGCCAAACAUUUGGAGGGAUCGCUUGAGGAACUUUGAGAAAUUCAAGACCGACAAUUUGAACCUACCAUAUGACUAUGGCUCAAUCCUGCACUUUGGGAUGUAUGCCUACUCUCAGGAUGGGGAGCCAACCAUCGUUCCUAAGAACAGCAAAGACAUAAAGUUGGGCCAAGCAUCGUCUCUCAGCCACAUUGAUAAGCUGAAAAUCAACAGGCUUUAUAAGUGUGGUUGGUACCAAAUAUCCUGAAAUAACAUACAGUGACAAAGACGAGUACUGAAACUGAACUGAGGUGAAACAGGAGUGUUCUCAAAGCGAAUCCAACAAAAUGAUAUUAAAUCAUGGAAACAGUUACAAUAAAGAUUGAUUCAAGCUUUCUACCGGUA